CGACGAUACAGGAAUGCAACUUCUCCGUAAGUCAUGCGCGGACGAAAGUAACGAAGUGCGGCCGCCAGAGAUUAACCGCGGCUCUGGGACGAGUCUUGCGCAGUCCCCUCUUGUUCUUGCUACUUUUUACUGAGCUCCGAGUUGCCUCCCUUGCUGCUCCGUUGCUUUUCUCGCGAACGUUUAGCGGCCGCCCUUUUUCCACUCUACAUUAAGACAAGAGUCUGAACUUCUUCAAGACUUGAUGAAGUAAAAAUGAAAUGUUUCAACCUUUAAUAAGUGUAAGUCUACUAAGAAUGAACCAGUCUUCUAAGUCUACUGAUACUCUAUCCCGGAGUUGUAGCUUAUUCCGUAUGGGUGAAGUACUUUUUUUACUUGGUACGCUUUCUUUGCCUACAACUUAGAUCAUUGAAAACUGGUUAGAUUUCUUUUUCAAUGAAGAGUAGCGCAUCUUCUAUCAUCGAAAUAAGUACUUAAACAGUACACGACAUGAAGAUUCAAACCAGCAAGGUACUCGUUAUGCUAUUGUUCGAGAAAAUGGACUGAUUUUGGUCUUGUUCUCCGAUUUCAACAGUCAUUAUCAUGCUAUUAAAAUACAAAGAGGACAUGACACUACAGGCAAGAGCAAAAAGGGUUGAGAUCUACAGAAAUCACAUCAGGAAGUGCAAAACGAAGUAGAAAAUAGAAGUAGCCCAACACCUCAAGAAUAGGCACAAUCAUCAUCAUCAUGUAUCUUCCGGUGAAGAUCACGUCCGCUAAUUCGAGACCGGAGGCGCAACAUCCGACUCGUCCUCGUCAUCACGGCCUCGAAGGAGUGGCUUGCCAGUUCUGCCGACGAGAACGGUACUCCGUGAUGGGGACGGACGAGAUGAAACGUCACCCGCUACUGGCACUUCGAGUGAUGUGGUCCUCUCGUCUGGUACCCGUGCCUCGACGUCAGCCUCAUCCAGCACAUCUUCAUCAAGUACUAGAACGCCAGCAAUCCAUCCAGCAAUCCAUCCAGCGCCAUCCCGCUUCGGCCGCGGACUUGAAACCCCCAGGAGUGCUCCUUCUGCUUUUCGCUGCAACAGAACUUCUUUUCUUGUUCUGGCGCAUACUGUGACACAUACAAAUGAGC